ACGUCGCUAGCACGUACCGCAAAGGCUGCUGGUACUUUGCUGUCAUGGCUCCGAAAGUAAACAGAAAGCUAUGAGUUACGAUACUUUUGUUGCAUUUUGGGAAAACUAACGGCAGCUUCACGCUAAGAUUUAACCCGGGGAUGUUUUGCAAAAUUCCGGAAGUGACAUGUCUGUGGGAAACAAAGCCGUAGAGUUUCAACUUCAGAUGAGACACAACGUGGAGGAUCUGCAGAGCUUCAUGAAGGACCUGGAGAGCUGGGAGAAGGACAUCAAACAGAAGGACGAGGAGCUGAGGACUGGAGGAGUCCUACAGGUUUUGGAAAAACUCCCUCCUGUGCGCAACAAACACUACAAAACAAAGAUGAAGGGAAAGAAGAAGAAGAGGGAGCAAAGUGGUGAAUCAAAGUCAGAGGAUUCCUCAAAAAUCUCCAGACUGAAAUCAUACGACUAUCGAUCCUGGGACAAGUUUGAUGUGGACAAAGCCCUAGCAGAAAUGGAUAAGGAGGAUUGCAUUGCUGAUUCAAACGAGUCCGACACGGAGGAUGCUGCAGUGGACGAGGAGAAAGCGCAGUCUGAGAAGGAAAUGGGUAACAAGUUUUUCAAAGAAGGAAAGUAUGAUGAUGCAAUAGAGUGUUACACCAGAGGGAUGGCUGCAGAUCCAUACAACCCUGUGCUUCCUACAAACAGAGCCACGUCCUUCUUUAGGCUUAAGAAGUACGCUGUGGCAGAAUCCGACUGCAACUUGGCCAUCGCCCUCAACAGCAACUACUUCAAGGCAUAUGCUCGUAGAGGAGCCGCCCGGUUUGCUCUGAUGUCCUAUCAGGCGGCAUUAGAAGAUUACGAGAUGGUUCUGAAGCUCGAUGCUGGGAACGUGGAAGCAGAAAAUGAAGUGACGAAAAUCCGAGAGAUCCUCAGACAACAGGAUGUCCCAAGUGAGGACAGCCAGCUCGUUGAGCCUCCAGUUGAUCCCAACCAGCAGAAACAGAUGGAGGAGCAGCAGAGAAAACAGGAAGCGGUUGUUCACAAGGACAGGGGGAAUGCUUAUUUCAAAGAGGGGAAGUAUGAAGCUGCAGUAGAGUGCUACACAAAAGGCAUGGAGGCGGACAGCAUGAACGUUCUUCUGCCUGCCAACAGAGCCAUGGCGUUUCUCAAACUGGAGAAGUAUAAGGAGGCGGAGGAGGACUGCUCCACAGCCAUUUCCCUGGACAACACAUACUCCAAGGUGUUUGCCCGCCGUGGCACAGCCAGAGUGGCUUUAGGGAAGCUAGAAGAGGCCAGGGAAGAUUUCCAGCAUCUGCUAAAUCUGGAACCAGGAAAUAAACAAGCCCUGGCUGAACUCCAGAAACUCCAGAUUGAGACGGGUUCUACUGCUCUUCAGCCAGAAGGUCUCUCAUGGAGGAGAACAGUCCAGCCAAUCAAUAAACCAGAACAUCUGCGCUCAAAAAAACCUCUGAAGAGAAUUGAAAUAGAGGAGGUCGGCGGUAACACGUUGAUUCCUGAGCUGGAAUCAGCUGGCUGUUUAGUCCAGGAAGUGGAGAGGAAGGCUGAGGAAGAGUCCUCUCCUCUGUCCACAUCACCCAACGCCAAGAUGAUCAAAAUCGAGGAGAUGGCAGACACACCCUCACACACCUCACCCAAUCAACUUCCUGUUGAUCAAUCCUCCAGACAGCCAUUGCAGGAGGUAACCGUUGCUCCCCCUGCACCUUCAAACACCUCCUCAUCGUCAGUAGGAGAUAUCCCUGCUCCACCUGCUAACAGCUUCCAGCUGGAGUCCGACCUCCGGAAGAUCAGAACCCAACCUGAGCUCAUUUACAGAUACUUACGCCAAAUCAAACCCGCAGCAUACAGCAACAUUUUCAACAACUCUCUGGAACCAGAUAUAAUGAAUCAGAUCCUGACCACCCUGCGUGAUUUCUACAUGAAGAAUGAAGCUCCAGCCAUGAUUCUGGAGAUUCUCAGCAGUCUUGCUGGCGUGAGGCGCUUCGACAUGGUUGUUUUGUUCAUGUCCACCCAGGAGAAGAAAGUUCUAAAAGAAUUAUUUGACUUCCUCCUCCAAACUGAGGUGGACCAAUCAUCUGUCUCUGCCCUCCAGAAGAAGUACGGAGUGUGAAGCUUGGGUUGAGGGAAUCCGUUAUAUUUUCAAAUAACAGAUUUUGGUUUGGGUGAAUUUUGUUAGCUGUUAAGAUCCAGUUCCCAGAAGGACGUGUGUGUGUGUGUGUGUGUGUGUGUGUGUGUGUGUGUGUGUGUGUGUGUGUGUGUGUGUGUGUGUGUGUGUGUGUGUGUGUGUGUGUGUGUGUGUGUGUGUGACUAAAUGAGAACUCAGUGACUAAAUGAGAAUUCAGUGCUGCUUGAACAUUCUUCCUUUUCUUAAACCUGACAAAGUGGUUUAGACCAAAUAUGAGAGAUGGAAGUUUUGUGUUUCUAACUGUUCAUGCUUCAUUAAAACCAAAUAAACCUUUUUCUGUUUCUAACUUGA